CCGCCAUUACGGUUUUCAUCAUUCUGUAGUCGUAGGAGCCUCGAACUGAAGCCAGCGGCCGCGGCUUUCGCGAUUGUGUCAAAAUCGGAACUUUUUUUUUCGCUCUCGAAAUUUGCGGGCGUUCGUAGAUCGCGUUUUGCCUGGCCAUUGUGAAACGCACACAGCAGGAAGCUGGAAAAGUGACAGAUUGUGGGAAAUUGUGUGUGUGAAAUUUGCUGUGCGGCGGCGACGGGGCUUGGCUUGGUCGGUCGGUUUUUGCUUGGCCCGUAGGAAGGAGAGCGCGAGAGAAAGAGGUUCGCGCGAGAGAAGAAAACAACAACAAACAUUGGUGUGUGUCGGUAGUGCGCGUCAGAAAGUGAGGGAAGACUUGCACUGUCGGUGGCAGGAGAAAAAAAAAACAACAUUAGCUUCGGCUUCAAAGUCAUUCAGUGAAAAAACGCCACACGGGCUGACGCGCGGACACUUCCGCGGUUGGGUUGGGGCCCCGUAGGAUUUCGGAAAACUGUCGGAACAGUGAAGGUGUUGCGAUUGCUUUUCAAUGGAAAAACUGUCCUCGGUAGUGCCAGGCUGUAAAGUGCGUAAGAUUUUGAAGGCCGGUGAAGAAUAAGGGGGGACCGGGGUAGGACGAACACACUGUGAAGAGGUGAAAAGUGCUGCUACUAGAAGGGAAAGGGGUAGCGAAAUAGCCGUGGCAUGACGGCCAACACGGAGUCGGCCGACCUGCUGGUUCCGGCAACGACCGGAACCGACAAGGAGGCCACCAAGAACAAUGCCAUCCUGCGGUGGAAACGGGUCACGAACCCGAGUGGACCGCAGCCGAGGCCCCGCCACGGCCACCGGGCCGUCAACAUCAAGGAGCUGAUGGUGGUCUUUGGCGGGGGCAACGAAGGAAUCGUCGACGAGCUUCAUGUGUACAACACGGCUACCAACCAAUGGUACGUUCCGGCCACCAAGGGCGACGUCCCGCCCGGUUGUGCCGCGUACGGGUUCGUCGUGGACGGCACCCGCAUUCUGGUGUUUGGCGGCAUGGUCGAGUACGGCAAGUACUCGAACGAGCUGUACGAACUGCAGGCAACCAAGUGGGAGUGGAAGAAGCUGCGACCGAAGCCGCCAGAGUCGGGACUGCCGCCGUGUCGUCGUCUCGGGCACAGCUUCACCCUCGUCGGCGACCGGAUCUACCUGUUCGGUGGACUCGCCAACGAGAGUGACGACCCGAAGAACAACAUACCCAAGUAUCUGAACGAUCUGUACAUCCUGGAGAUCAAGAACAACCAGCUGCAGUGGGAGAUGCCGACGACGUUCGGCGAGAGUCCGCCGCCGCGCGAGUCCCACACGGCCGUCUCUUGGUACGACAAGAAGAACAAAAAGUACUGGCUCGUAAUCUACGGCGGAAUGUCCGGCUGCCGGUUAGGGGACCUGUGGCUGCUCGAUACGGACACGAUGUCGUGGACGAGACCCCGCACGAGUGGUCCGCUGCCGCUGCCCCGGUCACUGCACAGCUCGACGCUGAUCGGCAACCGGAUGUACGUGUUUGGCGGCUGGGUCCCGCUGGUCAUGGAGGACGUCGUCAAGGUGGAGAAGCAUGAGAAGGAAUGGAAGUGCACCAACACGCUGGCCUGUCUGAAUCUCGAAACCAUGACCUGGGAGGAGCUCGAUCUGGACACGGAAGAGGAGAACAUGCCGCGGGCUCGGGCCGGCCACUGCGCGGUCGGAAUUCACACCCGGCUGUACAUCUGGUCCGGACGGGACGGCUACCGGAAGGCCUGGAACAACCAGGUCAGGGUUUGCUGCAAAGACCUCUGGUACCUGGAGGUGGAACGCCCGGCCGCCGCAUCCCGCGUCCAGCUGGUCCGCGCUUCCACGCACUCGCUCGAGCUGUGCUGGCCCUCGGUCCCAUCGGCCGCGUACUACAUCCUGGAGGUGCAGAAGAUCCCGCAACCUCCGCCGACGGUCACGCCCGCGCCGCCAACUCCCACGCCGGCACCGGUUCCGCCGGCGAUUGCCCCGCCAGCACCUAUGCCGACGUUGGGUUCGCCCAUUCCAACCAUGUCGUCGCCGGCGGCUGCCGCCGGUUCCAUGUCACCGCUGACGAAUGCGGGGAUCGCGGCGGGGUUGACCAGCGGGGAGCCGCUGCUGCAGCAGCCUAUUAUCAAAACUCUUCAGGGUCGGGCGACUGCGUCGCCAAUGGCGGUGUCCCCAUCGCAUCAGGUUCAAGCUGUGUCGCCGUUGAUGUCCGUCGCGAGUCCAAACAUUCAGCAGAUCAGCAGUCCGGUGCACAAUCCUCCCGGGCUGCAGAGUCCAAAUCCGAUGGCAGCGGUGCCAUCGUCGCCGGUGCACAGCGUGACUUCGCCGCAACACCAGCAACAGCAACCUCAGCAGAUGCAGCGCAUCGUGACCAAGGUCCAGGCCAAGCCGCUUCAGCAGCAGCAAGUGCAGAAGCAGAUAUUGACGCCGACUUCGCCGAUUUUGCAGCAACAACCGACGCAGAUCAUUCAACAGGCUCAGCCGCAGACGAUUCGGGUUGUGAGUGGGACGUCGGUUUCGAACGCCCAGCAGAUUACGACCGGUGGAACGCCGAUUCGUGUGCUGUCGUCUACGGGGCAACCGGUUAGGAUUGCUACGCAACAACCGAUGGUUAGCGUUAGUAGCGCAGGGAACGUCGUUCAGCAGAUUACGGGCCAGCAAGCGGCAACGGUGCUGCGCGCGGCUGGCGGUCAGAACAUUGUCGGAGCUCAGCUGCAGCAGCAGCGCAUUGUCAGUGCGUCCGGAUCGACGACCACGACGGCCACGAUCGGAGGCAAGCAGAUCAUUCUGCAGAAGCCGUUGACGAUCGUGGGCGGAGCUGGUGGACAGGGCACGGGAUCGGCGAUGAACCAGCCGCAGAUUGUAACGCUGGUCAAGACGAGCCAAGGCAUGACCGUGCAAACGUUGCCCAAGGUCAACAUGCUUCAGAAGGGAGCGGGUGGUCUUCAGACGCAGCAGCAGAUUGUGACUUCCAAUAUCCUUCAGGGAGCGAGCGCCGGAACGAUUCAGCAAGCAACGGUUGGAGGUCAGAAGACGGCGGUCAUUGGAGGCAACGUUGUCAAGCUGAUGUCCUCAACCGGAACGAUCGGUGGCAAGCAGAUCCUAAUGAAGAACCCGAACAUUGUGCAGGUUGGCAAGGUCGGAACGAACGUGGCCGGUAAGCCAACGCUGGUCAUCACAAACAAGGCUGGCCAGCAGAUCCGAUCGAACCAGCAGGUCAUCGUGGUCACCACGCCGCAAGGCAUCCGAACCGUCAGCGGAACCGUAACCUCAUCCGCAAACAACUUUGUCAGCCUGUCGACCUCUCAAAUGAUCAACACGAUCUCAACCAGCAGAACUGUGACCGGAAUCGGCGGUGCAACCACCGUACUACAGGCCGGCACCGCCGGCACAACCACCGCCAACAUCGGCGGACAGGCCAUCAAGCUCCGUGCCGUACAGGGAGGCAAACCCAUCACCUUCACCGUCCCCGUGGGCGGCCUCCAAGGCGCCGGUGGCCAAAAAAUCGCCGGAACCCAAAUCAUCAACAUGCCCCAAAAAGCCCUCACGAUCGGUGGCAAAGCCGUCACCGUUCAGCUCGCACCCUCCGCCGGAGGUGGCCAAAAAACCGUCACCAUCGUCCCCUCAUCCGGCGCAACCGGCAGUGGCGGCAUCCCCGGCCAACAAAAAAUCGUCAUGUUGCCAUCCAAAACCACCACCCGGAUCGUAACCCAGCAGCAAUACCAGCAGAUCCAACUCCAACAACAGCAAGCUCAACUCGCCCAGCAACAGCAGCAACAACAACAACAACAGCAGCAAGAACAGGUCUCAACGGACGCGGCCUUCGCUGCGCUCGCCGCCGAAGCCGGCCUCAUCGAAAACGACGGCGACCAGAUCGAACAGAUGGACGGCUGCUACGACCUCUUCCCCCAACCGGACGAAGACGACGAAAUGUUCGAACCUGCUCGCAUCGAAGAACUCCCCGCCACGACGACGCCCAGCAGAUCCGCCCCAACCUGGCCCACGUUCGAGCAACUCGACGGAUGCCACGACUUCCCCUCCUCCGACGACGACGAGGACACGGAAAUGCGGGAAGAACAAACCCCGAUCACCCCCCGCUACGUCCGGUUAGGACUGUUUGGAGGGGCGGCCGCGAUCGAGAGUCAAAACCCGGAAGGGGACGCCACGGGUGCAGGUGACCUGCUCGCCGCAGCGGAGCAGGACCCGCAGCAAGAGGUGGCGGGAGACGGUGGCGAUCAAGCGAUGGAGGAUGCCGAUGUGGGCGCGGAGAAUGCGGAACCUGGAAUUGACGAGCAGCAGGAUCAGUUGCAGCAGUUGUUGGCCGUGGCGGAGGGUGAGGGAGAGGCGACCGGUGAAGUCGCGGAAGGUGCGGAGGGAGAGGCGACGAAUGACGUCGCGGAAGGUGCGGAGGGAGAGCCGACGAAUGACGUGACAGGAGAGGAUGAGUUGCUACAGCAGCAGCAGCAGCAGCAGGUGGCGAUGGAAGGGGGUGAAGAAAUGGCGGAACCGGCUGCGGAGGAGGGUUCGUUUGUGGCUUCCGAGGCUGUUCCCGAAGAGAUGGAGCAGGAUCAGCAGGAGAAGGGGGAGGUCGCGGCAGAUGCGCCAGAGAAUAUGCCCCUCGAGGACCAACCGGACAGCAGUGCUAUUGCUGAGGCCACUGCCGCCGAAGCUGCCCAGCUGGAAGCCGAACUGGCCGAAGCAACCGGAGCAGCAACAACUACCGGCAUCGAUUCCACCGAUGAAAGUGCAGCAGUUGCUGCCGCCGAGGCCGAUGCCACCGCAAUGCUCACUUCCGACGAGGCCGAUUCUGUCAUGACCAGCGCGACAGCGGCGGAACCAUCGUCCCAAGCGCAAGCUCCCAUGGUGGUCAGCGUCAACAGUGCUCCGACGGCUUCGGAGACGGAAGCGGCGAACAUUUUGACCACGAUUAAGAGUGGCGAGUUGCUGUCGCUGCAGAACGCCGACCUGUUGGCCGCGUCCGGUUCGGACAAUAUUAUUCAGCUGAACGCGGGUUUGCUGUCGAAUGAUAGCCAGACCAUUACGUUCAAGACGACCUCGGCGGAUCUAUCUUCUGCCGAUGUCGCGAUGCCCCAGUUUAUCAGUCAGAUGCCGCCAGCGGAAAGCACCACGUCCGCGGCGAGCAGCACCACCUCCGUCACGACCGGAAGCCAUCUGGACGCGCUGGCGGAAGCUGCGGCGUCCGCAACAUCCGUACUGUCAGAUCUGAUGACUUCGACGGCGUCGACCGCGUCUUCGCUCUCCGCCACCUCAACCGUAUCUUCAUCGCCAUCCGGCGCGGCCAUUCCGGUGGCGGCCGUUUCACCCCAGCAGCGCCAACAACCCGUUACGACCACGGUCAAGUACUUUGACGCCAACUCGAGGCAGUUUACGCUGUCUUCGCCACUGCUGCAGUCUCCGGUUGGUGUUCCACCGGCGAAUAUCUUGGCCAACAGUAAUGGAAACGUGGCCGCGCCGACGGUCGCACCCACGAUCGUCACCACGAUUCAGGGAACGACCACGACACAGGCCAAGGUAACCACCGUUGCCAAGGUCGGGCGGGGAAAGGCCAAGGAAGAAAAGGAAGAUAUCAAGCUCGUUAAGAUCAAGGACGAGGACAAGUGGUCCACGGUCGGCAUCUUCAAGGGCCUCUCGCACACCGUGUCCAACUUCCUAGACUUUGACGAGUGGAACUGCCUGUACGACGGCGAGUCCCUCUCCGCCGACAACCUCCCCGACAUAACCAAGUUCAAGCGCCUGAACCUGGAACCAGGCUGCGCGUACCGGUUCCGCGUCGCCGCCAUCAACAGCUGCGGCCGGGGCGAGUGGAGCGACGUGGCCCCGUUCAAGACCUGUCUGCCCGGCUUCCCCGGCGCCCCGUCCGCCAUCAAAAUCUCGAAAUCUCCCGAAGGAGCGCACCUCUCGUGGGAACCGCCCCCGUCGACCACCGGCGACAUCCUGGAGUACUCCGUUUACCUGGCGGUCAAGUCGCAGAACGCCAAGGACAAGAGCAGUGCGUCGGCGGCGGCCCAGCUGGCGUUUGUGCGCGUGUACUGUGGACCGAACAACCAGUGCACCGUGCCGAACCAGUCGCUGCAGACGGCCCACGUCGACUACACCUCGAAGCCGGCCAUCAUCUUCCGCAUCGCGGCGCGCAACGACAAGGGCUACGGACCGGCCACGCAAGUCAGGUGGCUGCAAGAUCCCCAAUCGGCCAAGGGCACCCCAGCCCCAGCCACGGGCAGCACGGGCGCCACGACCGGUGGCUCCUCCCCAUCGGCAGCUGUAAAGCGGCUCAGCGACAAGUCUCCGUCGGGCACGGCGGCCAACAAGCGGGCGAAAACCAGCAGCGGCUCCAUGAUCGUUUCGCCCCAUUGAGAAGGAGAUGAGGGUGUUGUGUAUAAAAAGGCGGGAAGUAAACAAUGACGACGACAAACAAUGAAUUGUGUAAAAAGAAUGCAAAAAAUUAAGGAUUGAAACAAGCGAUUCUAGUUUAAGGCUUAGAAACUCUAGCAAAACAGUAGAACUAAGGGAUUUAAAAACACACAAUAUAUAUAUAUAUAUUAAUAUAAAUAUAUUAUUAAAAACUAAGUUGUCGAUCGGGAUCGAGUGAUUGUUACUUGAGUGCAACAACGUACGUGUGUAUAACUAAUAUAAUUUAGUAAGAAAAAUAAGAAGAAAACACUAGAUGCGAAACCCCAUAAAAGCAGAGAGAAACCUAGCCCGUAAGCAGAUUUAAAAAUGAUUAUUUCAGAAACUACUCAUGCAGAAACGGUUCAUUGGAGAUCGCAUGUAAAGAAAAACAAAACAAUAUUUCACCAUUAACCAGUUUUAAGCGGAACACACAUACACACCCACACAUUUUACUACCAGUUUGAGAAAGAUUAGCGAGCAAGCACAGUUUUAAGACAGGUUACGUAGUUUUCCAAGCCUUUUAUUACUUUUCCUUUUUCAGUUUAGUGAACUCGGUUAAGCAGAAAUCAAUUACAGAACAUGUACGCGAUUAUGAAUAAAACAUAAUGAAUAGAAGUGUAAAGGUUUGGUUGUUUCUUUGGUUGCUCGUUCGUCAGAUUUUGUCCCACGUUAGCUAACGCAAAAAAUAGAGUCAACUUUCCGUGCGAAAAAAAAUUUACAUACAAAAAACACUAAGCACAUUUUAAGUUCUGUUUUCACCACCCGUUCUGCUACAUGUCAGCUGUGUCGAUGAGUAGGGAAAUUUAAUUUCCACGCGGUUUACUUUUUAAAUGUCGAUUUCAUAACUUUUACAAAUCUCACGUGUUUUGGUACUUCUUUUUCCCCCCUGUCGUGUGGUGAGCUGUAAAAUUUGUGCAACGUACCUCAGUCUGCGGCUUUUCCCCCCUUUUUCUAGAAUUCCUAAAUGAAAUAAAAUCCAGAGUUUCCGGUUAGAUUGCCGAAAAGAGCAGAUAUUUAAAAAAACGAAAGAGUAAGAAAAUGACGUAUAGUUGUUGUGAUUUCCUUUAAAAAAAAAAAGUAGCAAGUGCAGAAGUAAAAUUCUUGCGAAAAAAUAAAACAUAAUUUACAUUAUUUUUGAUUGAAUUGAUUUAUACAGAUAUAUUUUAUAAAACCAACAAAACAACACAAACUUACCUUGAGAGAUGAUUGAUCUUCGGUGAGUGGGUGAACACGAGAAUUAAGUAAUAUAAAUAAAACAAAACCAAGAUUGUGCUAAAAGAAAAGUAAUCGAAAAGAAACGACAAAAAAAUCCUUACAUAUAAAACGAUAAGCCCAACACACACACACAUACAAUGCAUGGACGCGAGAGAUGAAAUUCAUUUUUUGAAGAAUGAUAGAAAACAAUAAAAUAGUAAGGUAUUUGUUAACAGUGAAA